GAAUAGAUUGAAAGGAAACUCAGGAGAGAGCAGGGAGGAAAAGGAAGCUGGGGAGGACAGUGAGGGCAUCCCUGCCAGUCAAAGGUUGUUGGGUUUUUUGUUUUUUUUUUUCAUGUGAAGCUGCCUGCAUUGUUUGUUGGAUUCCACUGCAGAGGAAACCAGAGGAGGAAAUAUGAAUUCUCACAAAGCUACUGAAGCAGAAGGAUGGUUGUUGGGUUGUUGUAGGUUAACCAUAUUGUCUGUUUAUCUGUUUUCCAUUGUGAGAAUUGCUCACAAUGUAAAACACAUUUCCUAGGAAAGUAAGGCAUCUGAAGAAAAUAUGAGUGAGGUGAAAUUGUAGAAAGAGCAUAGAAUUUCAUCUGAAAUAUAUGUAUAGUUUGGGAAAAUCCUUAGUUAUUAAUGGUGGACUAAAAUGGUCAGCAGCAUUAUAUUGCUAUUGUAGUUUUGUUCAUGUUACUCUAUCAAACUUAAAACCAGUGACACUGACAACUGUAAUCGGAAAGGUGCAAAGAAAAAAAAGGUGUGUGUGAGUGUGAGUGUAGGUAUUCAGUGAAUGAGUGAGUGAACACACUGGACAGAAAAUGCCUGGUCCUCCACCCCCACCAGCACCCCCUCCUCCAACUUUUGCUUUGGCGAAUACUGAAAAACCAUCCCUGUCCAAAACUGAGCAACAUGGGAGAAAUGCUUUACUCUCAGAUAUCAGUAAAGGCACUCGCCUGAAAAAAACUGUCACCAAUGACCGCAGUGCUCCGGUAUUUGAUAAGCCCAAAGGGGGUGGGGCUUCUGGUGGAGGUGGUGGUGGCUUUGGAGGCGGAGCUCCAGGUGGGCUUGGGGGACUGUUCCAGGGUGGGAUGCCAAGACUAAAAUCUGCAGGAGGUGGCCCUGCAAGGCCACCCACCGGUGAGAGAUUCCCAGCACCAAGUAGAGGAGCUCCUCCUCAACUCCCUAAUACUCCUUCUGGUCGAUCGAACUUCAUCAGGGGUGGUGCUCCACCUAUGCCUUCCUCUACAUCUGCCCCUCCACAGAGUUCACAUACUGGUGUCUCUCCCCCUUUACCAGGAGGUCGAUUCCCAAGCUCCCCUUCUGCACCACCAACCCUGCCAGGCCGGCGCCCCAGCUUUCCUGCAAAUCCUGCUCCCCCUGGCCGCCAAACAACUUUACCACCACCACCUGUGCCUUCUAGUGCCCGACCAUCUCCUAGCAAAUUUUCCUCUGGAUCCUCCCAUGAUUUUCCCCCUCCACCACCAGUAGGAGGUAACAGGUCAUCUUUACCACCACCUCCUGUUCCUUCUAGUGCCCGGCCAAAUUUUUCCACAGGCAUCACAGAUGAUUUCCCCCCUCCUCCACCAACCACAGGAGGACAUAGGGCAUCAUUUUCAUUACCUCCAGUUCCCCCUAGUAGCCAACCUCCACUCCCGACACCUCCUUCUGUGUCAGAUGAUUUUCCUCCUCCUCCACCACCCAUGGGAGGACGUAGAUCAACAUUUUCUGGUGAUGGGUCUUCACUGCCAGCACCACCCCCACCAGGAAGUAAACCAGGACCAAGAUCUACGGGUAGUGCACCACCACCACUCCCUUCAGGAAGAGGAGACUUGCCACCGCUACCCCCUACACCAGCAAAGGAACCGACCAGUACAGCUCCACAGAGAAAUUCUUUUAGUAACCCACCACCUGGGCCACGACCUGGGGGAUUUACCCCACCACCACCUCCACCCAGUUCAAGACCACCACAAGGAGGAAGAUCCCCAUCUAUACGAUCUAGUCCUCUUCCCCCUCCCCCUCCAGGGGACAGCAGAGUAGGUACUCCACCUGCACCUCCUCCUAAUCACCCUAGUGGUAGUCGAGGAGCUAGCAGACCUCCCCUUCCUCCGGAUAGGCCUGGGGCAGGAGGGUUCCCUCCUCCGCCUCCCCCGUCCAUGGGCAAUGGCUACCAGAGCUCACCUCAAAACAGCACAGAUGAAUGGGAGAUAAGGUUUUCCUUCCAUGCAAUUUCUGAGCUGCCCCCACCUGAGCCUUACAUUUCCAUCUCGAAGACAUAUCCCAGCAAGGCUGGUAAGAAUGAUGGCAAAGGAUCAUUACCGAGGGACAGAGGAGCUCCUCCACUGCCUCCGAUACCCAGAUAAAGAUAAACAAACUCAGUCGUGCCACUGAUGUAUUACCAUUCAUUUCUUAAGAACAGCCUCAAAUGUCUUUUUCUGAAUGUUGCUGGGAGUUUUUAAUACUCUCUCUCUCUCUCUCUCUCUCUCUCUCUCUCUCUCUCUCUCUCACUCACUCACUCACUCACUCACACACACACACACACACACACACACACACACACACACACACACACAAAUAAAUGUGUUAAACAUUACAUAUUAAUAAUGUAUACACAUUAAUAAUACUGAUAAUACUUAUGGAGGCAUAUCACAGUGCAAUGUAUUCAAAUUAUAUUUCAAAAGGUAGUUAUCUGCCUACAUUUCUUUUCACUUCCUUUUUUGGAAUAUAUUGCAUUUUUAAUAAAGACAAACACAAAUGGAGAUGGAAAAUAUUUUAUGUUCUACUGUUCUUUCUGAGAAGGCUAAAAUAAAACAUGUUUUAUAAGAGA